UCAAAUGGAGCAAUUCACUACUUGGAGCUUCCAGCUUGUCCAAAAGGCCUCCAAAUGUUGCAAGAACACAGAAAAUACAGGUAUCUGGAGAUACAUUAAAGCAUGUUACAGUUGGGGACAUGUUUACAAGCCACAACACACAAAAACUCCAACAACAUGCAGCAUACAAGGACAAACUACAAGUCCACAAUGGACCUGGAGAACCACAGCACAGUGUUUGCUGUGCAGGAGUAUUGGAGGUACUUUUCUUCUUGUUCUUUUACUUGUGCAGGUACAAUACACAACUACAAUCCCCAAGAAUAAUUACUUCAGCAUACAACCACUCACUAGAACAUAAAGCAACAUCAAGACAGACCUACAACAGAUGGGCUACAGCUGCAGCAACAGCAGUGGCAACAGGGUUGUUUUACUUUGCAGAUGCAGGGAUUACAAAGUGCAUGGUUGCACUUGUAGAUGCAGCCAACAGCUACCAUGCUACAACACGUGCAACAGCCCUCUUGGAUUCUGUGCAGGCAUACAAGAACCCUCCAAUAUCCAAGGCACCAUCUGUUAAACCUCCUGGCAGUAGCAGCACCCAUCAACACUCAUUAUGGGAGUCUAAUCUGGGAGGCCAUUGUUCUUGUUUGUGUGGUUGUUUAUUUGAGUAUGCAGGCUGCUAG